UUUUGUUUAAAUACAAAACUUACUAUCCUCAAACAAAUGAAUUAUAUCGGCUUUGUUUUUAUUAUUUUUGUUUUCGUCAGGUCUGCUACUCCGUACAACGGUUUCAUGAUCAUGAAUCGUCUGAGUAUGAACAACUUAACAGAACCUGUCACCAAGGAGCUGGAGUUCCAACUACAAGAUCCAUUCUUACUGUACAAGACAGCACAGUCUAUCUAUGGAUUGUGGUUCUAUGACAAGACUGAGUGUCUACAGGUCGCUAGACUUAUGGAAAGCUUGGUCCACAAGGCCAAGAAACGAGCUAAAGGUUUGGCCCAUCGUAGUCGCAGCGUCUCGGAGAGUGACGCCGGUCCCUCAGCCAUGGGUCAAGCACCGGAGCAAGUUGAUAUCAUGCAGAUGCUGUCCAGAGCUCAGCAGAAUUAUGACAAGAACCAAAAAGGAGACAAAGAACCUGAACGGACCAAGAAACCCAAAAGCCCUCCGACCAUCACUUCAGGGUCUCCCACGGUAGUCCGCCCGGUACCAGUCAAAGCAGAAGACGGAGGGACAGAUCAAGAGGUCAAGCAGACAGAACCAGUGACCAAUGAGGUCAUGGGUCAAAUGUCACAAGGUCCUGCUACCCAUCCAGGGUUCCAGCGAUCAGUCUCCAUGCAAGCCAACCUCGGCUACUUGGCCGUUAACGCUGGGGCCAGCGGACAGUCUUCACCUGGCAAGGUGAACGACAUCCUGCAGAAGCUUCUCGCUAAUCCAGGGGAAGGAGCAGCCCAGCACGCCAAGGACUACCCUCUCAGCCACCGACAGAUACAGACUGUUGAAAGCCUAGAGAGGAGACAAAGUCAAAAACAGGCCCUUGAGGGGAAGACUACCGAUCAAGGAUUAGGUCAAGGGUCGACUGUGAGGACCGUAGAGAGUAUAGAGAAGCAGCACGCUAAUGCGACUGUGAUGGAGUCUACUGAGGAAGCCCAGGGGUAUCCGAUCCAGGACCUCUUGGCAAAACUGAAUAUCGCUCAGCAGAACCAACCGACUGGACAACAAGAGACAACAGAAGGCCACACCAUAGUCACCCAACCGCUGUCCCAAGGUGGUCUAGCGCAGCUGCAGGAAGCGAUCCACAGGCAGAACAUUGCUGGCAACGUGCCAAGUGGAUUGAGGACAAGUACGGAGGAGGUCCAAGGAGAGUCGGACCCAGAUAUCAACCAGAAGCUACUGACCAAUCUAGCGGCAAGGGCUGCUGUCCAAACUGCCCAACCGUCAUCAAACAUUGCACAGUUACAGCUGAUCCAUCCGUCGGCUAUCCGACCAAACCCACCCAUCAGACCCCAGGGCGGCAGGAUACCAGUCAACUUCCCCGGUAACCAGCAGGUACCGUCUUUACAGCAGCUUGCAUCUGGUAGGCAGCAGCACGUUCCCAUGGUACCAACUCAAACAACAACCAAUGGCAUCACGGCAGGCGCUCCAACGUCUCCUCAGAAGAUACCAGGGUCGUUACAUCCGCCAACUUUACUCACACCUCAGGCUUUCAGAAAGAGAUCAGCUAGUGAGACUGUACAAAUGACACACCCAUCCCAGCUCUUCCCCCCUGUCGCCGAAAAUGUAGCCGUCCAACACGGACCACAAACCAAUCAGCAUCCAGCAAUGGGUCACCCUGUCAGUAGCAGUCGGCACAGUCCACUGUUGAACAGGGUGGAAAUAGACAGGAGGGUGAAUACUGCAGGGGCGCUCAAUAAGGAGCAAUUUAAACAAGCUUUUGUACAUUUAUUACAGACUGACGGCAACUUCCUGAGCAGCUUACACAAUGCCUACCUGCAGACGCUCCAUUUAAACCAGUGAUCCAACUAGACCAGGAUGGAUCGGGUGUCACCAACUACUUGACGGUGAGCCAUUAUGAUGACAUCAUCUACAUGCUUCAUGGAUAUGUCAUAGUGAGUCAGCUGUUUUUUCACACCAAACUUGUGAAAAUAUUCAACUUUUUGUAGAAGUUUAAAAGAUGUUGUAACAAUUCUCAAAGUGAGAAAAAUUGUUAACUUAUGGUUAAACUUGUACACAACUGGAAUGUUCAUGUACCACCAUUGUCGCUUUACCCAAAAUUUAAAAAAAAUAAUCGGUAAUGCACAUCCAUGUAACAUAAUUCAAUUUCAUACUUAAUUUUCCAUAACCAAAUGUAACUGUCAAAUUCUGACACAGGUACCGCAUUAACUAUUCCCUACUUAUGAUAUUGUCAAUGCUCAACAGCACAAGUCGUAUCAAAUUGAGUUUUCAACUUUUGAUGUCUUGAGAAUCGAAAGACUCGAGGGCUUAAAUUUUCACAGGUGUUUCUAAUCGACUUUUGGAUUACAAAUUUCCUUUUCCCCACUUAUAUUCCAAAAUAAAAAGCCAUUCAGUGAAUAUUGAAUACAAUAUUUGGCUGAAAAGUUGAAUUUGUAAAAAGAAAAAAAAGCUGACCUGACUUAGAAAUAAAAAAGUGUCAUCUCAAGACUAUAAGAGUAUGUCAAAUCUUAAGGACAUCUUUUGAAUCACUUUUUUGAACUGAAAUCAAGCAGGACCAACGAUCGCUGGUUCUGCACUUGUGACUUCGAUUUUAAUUAACUUUUACCUUGUUUAAAAAAAA